AUGUACGCCUCUGUCCACGAGGCCCUGCAGCCCAUCUUCCAAAUGUUUCCAGAUUUGCUCAAUAUCAAGAAUGAAGAAGAGGAGACACCAUUACAUGUAGCAACACUAAAUGGAAAUAGACAGAUGUUGGAUGUAUUGAUUGGUCUUGGUGCGGAUGGAUCGAUGGUCGACAGGAGGAAUCUGACUGCACUUGAUAUUGCGACGUGGCUAAAGUCAAAUGAGAUGACAAAGUCGUUGGGAACACUAAAGACAUCAAAGUUGACGGUGGUCGGCCCAGAUGAUCCCAACAGAGAAUCACAUGUGCCCAUCUACCAAUGGGGCCAGAUGCUCACCUCAUCACUUACGCUCAACUACGUGUCGGCACCGACCAGUCUGUUGUUCAAUCACGUCGAACACUCACCUACCACCGUCAAGUUUGGCAACAACUUUGCCAUCAUGCUUACGGACACAGGUCACCUUUACAGCUGGGGACUCAGCAGCUACGGCAAGCUUGGCCAUCGCUCCAAGAAGGACCUGUCCAUCCCCACACCCAUCAGCGCGCUAAAGAACAAACAGAUCGUGGCCAUUGCCUGUGGAAAGGACCACACGCUGGCACUUGACGAGAUUGGAAUCGUGCACGCCUGGGGUAACGGCUCGGGCGGACGACUUGGAGUUGGAAACACCGAGGCAGGCUUCAUCGACACACCAACAAUCAUCCCAUUCUUUGGCGACAAGAGUGUCACUGCCAUCAGCUGUGGACAGGACUUCUCGAUGGCCUUGUGCUCGGGCGGACAGCUCUACUCAUGGGGAAAGGGCACGAUGGGCAACUUGGGAUACAUGGGCGAGAAUGGAUUCGACUUCCAGGUGACGCCCAAGCUCGUUGAGAACCUGCCGCCCAUCUCUCAGGUGUCAUGUGGAAACUGGCAUACGAUCGUCCUGUCAGAGGAGGGCGAAGUCUACACGUUUGGAUCAAACAAAGAUGGCAGACUGGGCGUGCCCAUCAAGACUUGUGCCAGCUCGUCGACACCCCAACUGGUCAAGUUUGACAAGAAGAUCAAGAAGAUUGGCGCUGGCUCCAACUUCAACGCCGUGCUCACAGACACGUCAAACUUCAUCUAUACAUGGGGCUGCAAUGCCAACAGCCAGCUGGGUGUGCUACUGGAGGGCCACGACAAGUUCACAGCGACUCCACAGUUGGUGCAGGCACUACUGCCCUACCCGGUCAGUUCGAUCGAGGUUGGCUACGAGCACGUCAUGGUGCUCACAGACAAUGGCGAGGUCAUCACCUUUGGUAACAACUCCAACUCACAGUGUGGAGAGGGCGAGGCCAUCAAGGAGCUGUGUAACUUCACCAAGAUCAGGACACCGGCCAACUCCACCGUGUUCAAGAUCGCAGCUGGAGGCAACUCCUCACUCAUCUCAUUGACCAGCGGUCACAGUCUGUUUGGAACAGAGUUGGCAUCUUUGUUGGGCGACACCAGCUUUGCAGACCUGCGUCUAACCACCAGCGGCAGUCAAUCAUCCACCGAAUAUGUUGAGUGCCAUCGUGUGAUUGUGGCCAGUCGUGUACCCAAGCUUCAUCAGCUGCUGAUGGACGAGCACAAAAGUCCCAACGCCAAGAACAAGAUCAACGUAACAAUGACGUACAGCGUGCAAGCCAGCACUGUGGACAACAUCACCUACAUCGACUUCCCAAACACAUCGAUCGAGUCGCUCAGACUACUCACCAAGUUCAACUACACGGACCAUGCACACCUGUCCGUCUCCAUUGUCGAGGAGCUGGGCAUGAUGGCCACGGGUCUGGGACUCGAGCGUCUGGCGUAUCUCUGCAGCAUUGGUCGCACCCGCUCCCUCGAGACCAUGCCCUCGUCCAGUCUCAUUGGCGACCUGAACAAGUUGAACGAUCAAUCAUUCGCCAAGCACUACUACGACGUCAAGUUCAACAUACAUGAGCAGGGCGAAGAGGUGGCGACAGUAGUCCAAUCAUUCAAGGCAAUGCUCUGUCUGCGCUCGCCAUACUUUAGAAUGAUGUUGAAGGGACAGUUUGUGGAGACGAGCAUGGAGUCAAUCGAUAUGUACGAGAUGUCAGUGGAUGGCUUCAAGAGUCUGCUGCAUUACUUCUACAGCAAUGAGGUGCCGAUCGAUCCCAACAACUGUGUGGAGUUGGUCAAGCUGGCCGACUUCCAUCAGCUGGGUCGCGCCAAGGAGUUGUGCGCCGCCGUGCUCAGGACCUACAUUGACAACGACACCUUGUUGAACGUCUACAAGUUCUCUCUACAGUACAAUCUAAGAGUGUUAACAGUACUAUGUGAAUCAAAGAUAAUCAAGUUACCCAGUGAUGAUAUCAAAGUAGAUACACUACCAAACUUUGAUGAACUAUCAGAAGAAGUCAGACAACAAGUUCUAAAGAUGGUCGAUGGAUCAUCAUCAAGAAGUAGUAACAACAAGACAACAACUAGUACAACAACAAGCAGUACAACAACAACAACAACUUCAACAACUAGUACAAGUGAUAAUAAUAAUAAUAAUGUAGAUAGUAGGUUUAGGAUGGGAGGUCGUGGCGAUGAUGUACCAACAACUACAGGAGAUAGGAAGGUACCUUCUGUGGAGUAUGAUAUAGAUGAUCACAGUGGUGUACUUAGAGAAGAAGAGGAAGAGAGAUUGAACAACAACAAGAAGAAAAAGAAGAAGAAGAGUUGGUGGAAUCUAUUCUAA